UUAGGACAAGCAAAAGUCAGGGACUGGGGAGAAGCAACUAGAUGCAGAAAGAUGAGGUGGUGCAAAUUCUCAGAAACCAGUGCGGAUGAAUCACAGUGUGUGCACUGUGGCUCCCUAGGCUCAUCCAGGUUUCCACAGCGUAUGUUAUGGGGCAGCCUCACUGUCACUUUGCUCAUCGUUAUCAUUGCCCUAAUUGCUCUCAUCAUCACUGGGAAGUUUACACUCCAUCCAGACAUGCAGUCUUCAUUGCAGGUUGUCCGUAUCAUAGCUCCUGACCACCCUGCUGCUCUGAUCAAUCAGUCUGCAUUAGUAGACAAGCACAACAGUGUAGUGACGUACUCGGUGACCUCGCACACAAAUCACACAUCUACAGUGCUCUUUGACAUUAAACAUGGGUUAGUAUGCUACAAGCCUGACAACCAGGACAGCUGCUUCCUUCGCCAAAUGGAGAUGACUGAUUAUGACAACAUGCAUGUUCUGUUGAAUGAGUCCAAAAAACAGGUGAAUCAGAUCUGGCUUGUGGGAAACGAGACUCAGAGGCACACAGAGUUUUUAGGUGUAUUGUCAGGCCAUCGUGUGAAUACAUCAAUUCUAGAGCAACCGCUGCAGGCCCUUUGUCAGCACAGACCUGUGUACUGGACCAGAAGAACUGGUGGUCCCAAAGAACGACUAAUUUACUUCUGCAUUGACAUCUGCUUCCCAAACAACAUUUGUGUGUCUGUGUGUUUCUACUACCUGCCAGAAUGAGCUUGAAUCCAGAGUAUGUAAGCACACAAGCACAUAAGUUAUGGAGGCACAUUCAUGUUACUAUCAAUGAGGCAAAACUGAGGGAAAGACACACACACACACCUCUGACAAGGCAAACAGACAUCAGUCAUGUUAUCCACUAUGUCCCUAUCCUUUUUAAAAAAAAAUAGUUUUUAAUUCAGAGACUUGCUGCUGCUUAUAUUUGUGUAACCUGAUACAGAUGAGUAACUGAAAGCACUGUUGCGCUAAUAAAGUGUCAUGAUUUUGAGUGAGUCUUUUAUUCCGGAGCACAUACAUGUUGUAUGACUGCAAUAGGACAUUUUAAUCACAGAUUUAACUUGGUGGUACACUAAAAGGGACAGGUCAAUACUGCUAACCAGUGUUUAAUAUGAUAUCACUGGCAGAGAUUACAGUGACCAGUCUAUUAAUUCAGAGUUUUACUAACACAGAUUGUAUUUACAAACAUGUUGAUACAGUAUGUACAUAUGCAGGACCUAGAAAUACUUGUAAGGA